AUUUAUGGAACGGUCAUAUACCAGUGUGACGUCAGCAUCCUUAUCGCCUGGUAUAAAACGCCCGUUCAGUGAUCUAAUCGGUAAUUGUACCCCGGAGUUCGCAGGCAGAGUUUGGAGAGUGGCAACGGAAACUAACUUGCAAGUCUGAGCCUGCGGACGUGGUAUCUCUGGAAAAUUUAAAGGCUAAGUCAAGCAAUCGACCCGUUAUUUUGGAAUCAUGUGUACUGGAAACUGUGCAAAAUGUCUUGGGAUUACCUUAAUUCCUCUUGCAAUUUUAUCAGUUCUGUGCAACAUCCUACUCUGCUUUCCCGGUGGAAAAGUAGCAUCCUCCACAGACCACAUUACAGAUGAAGUGUUUUAUCUAGGGGGCAUUUUGGGAUCCGGGGUGCUGAUGAUCUUCCCUGCACUGGUGUUCUUAGGUCUGAAAAACAAUGACUGCUGUGGCUGCUGUGGCAACGAGAGUUGUGGCAAAAGAUGUGCGAUGUUUACAUCAAUAAUUUUUGCUGCAAUUGGAUUUGUGGGAGCUGGUUAUUGCUUUAUUAUCUCUGCAGUUGCCAUAAACAAGGGUCCCAAAUGUGAGAAUGGAUUUAAUGCAACUUACAGUUAUCCAUUUCAUGACGGAAAUUAUCUAUCAAAUCAUACCAUAUGGAGUCAAUGCUCAGAACCAAAAGAUGUAAUUCCAUGGAACCUGACUCUGUUCAGCCUCCUUCUGAUAAUGAGUGGAGUGCAGGCAGUUCUUUGUGCUAUUCAAGCUAUCAAUGGUCUCAUCGGAACCAUCUGUGGAGAUUGCUGCGGCUGUUGUGGAGGCUCGUGAGUUCAUUAAUGAAAUGAAUGCUACUGACAAUGGGACUUGAAGAACCGACGUUUAACUGCUUGUAUUUUAACUAUUACUAUUUAUGUGUAAUUAUUUCUGAUUCAUUGCUGUCAACAGAAACAACUUUGCAGUGAAGGAAAAAUACUUUACAGUGUAUACUAAUUUAUAACAUUUUCUCGUACCUUUGUAAAUGACAGAAUGUGUAUAUUUCUGCUUCUCUUUGGAGGGCCAUGGUCUGAUGAAAAAGACUGUCAUUUAUAAAAAUAGUUAACAGUAACUAGUUUGUUACAUAUUUAUAAUGUAAAAUGAAAAAUUGCAACAUGAAUCCUUGUGGAUUUACUUUAUUACAUUAUAUGUUUAAAAAGUAUAUACUGUUAGGUUUGUAAAACUUCUUGCAAUUACUUCACAGUCUUUUCUAUUAGAACAUUCCACAGAUUAUAUGGUUUGAGAUUCAAGUUAUUUUUUUUUCAAUCCUAAAUACAGUUUACUUUUAUUAAAUGCCUUAUUUUUGUAUAUUUGUCAUUGUGAUAAGUUUUGUUAACCCCUUUGGUAUUGAUGGUCUGGAUUGCAGAUUCCAUUUCUGGACUGUCACAUGUAUUCAGUAGAGUUACUAAAUGCAGAUAAUUUUGAAUGCCUUCUACAGAUAGUGCAAAACUAAUUAGCAUUAUUAUUGCAUUGUUAGUUGUGGUCCUUUGCUCUGCUAUCUUUGUAGACAUCUGGGCACAAUAGCAUACAUGCAGAUUUGGCUGGGUCAUGUUCUGAUGGGUAUGGCAUGGAACACAAAAUCAUCUGGGAGCAAACUGUAAUCUGACAUGGAUAAGGUUAUUAAAUGACCUCUGUUUUACACUAUCUACUAUUUAUAGCUCUGAAUAAUUACUUUUAUUGUUACUCUGAUAAGUUUUGUGCCUGAUCCAAAAUGUAACCAACUGAUUCAUGCCCAGUACCUCAGUGGGGACACACCAUUCAGCGGUGGUCUGUGGACACAUCUUUAGGGGAAAGCAGUGUCACACAGCACCAGUUUCAUUGAUGGGCAAGACUUACCUAUGGAAAUUGCUUCAAAAAAGUCCAUUGAUUGUGUGAUAUCACCUCAUUCUACCUGAACAAAACAUCUCUUUCAGUAACAGAAAACAAUCUGCACAGGCAGACUAAGUGCCUUAGAUAAAAAAGUAAUGUCCUGAAGGUAGGACUCUAAAUUUGAUCUUUUAACAUAUAACACAGAGUGCAUGUGCAAAGAAAUGAUUGUGUGUGAUCAUGCAUAGAUUACACCCUAAAAUGUGCUAUUCUGUGUAUAAGUUUAUGCUGUCCUUAGUAUAGUUUGUUAGAAAUUUUGAUUGCAUCCUGGAUUCGCUGAAAAUGGAAAUUACCAGCUAAAUUUUACAGUACAGCUUGUCUUGUUUUGAUGUGAAACUGAUAUAGUUACAUUAUUUUCUGUACACAUAAAAAAAAAAAAAGAUCCAUAAUUUACUAAUAAAGGUAACGCGUACUAUAUUUCCAGUAUGCAUUUUAUUAUUUUGUAGCAAUUGCUGUUGGACAGCUUCUUUUGUCUUUUUUAAAUGUCAAACAUUUAGGAAACAAGCUUCCCAUAUGUUAGUUAAUACACAGGGAGUUUCCUGUUUAGUAAUAGCCAAGUCCCAUAAUGGCCAGGCCAGUGGUAAGAACCAUAUAAUAUAUACUUUAAUGUGCUUCUGAACAUGACAUAUUAGGGCUGACAGUGGAUAUAAACCACCUUUACAGUGUCUGGAAGAUGUGUAUCACAUGCAUUAUGUAAGUCUUAAAAUGUCUAAGUACUUUGGUUUCAUCUGUAAUUGUUUUAACUUAAUUCAUCCACUGUGCAUUACAGUGUAUGUUAUUUUUAUGUAUGCUUAUUUUACGGUGAGGAACUGGAAAGAAUUUAAAAAAGGAAGUAAAUGAAAUACAUUUGUAAAUUUAA